GAUACAUAUGAGGAGAUUAAUAAAUUUGAGAAGGCUAUAGCGGGAAAUACCUCUACAGUACACAGCCAAGUGGCUGACAGCACUAUAGAAGAAUCAUUGCAAAUGCAGAAGUUGCAAGAAACAACUCUAGAAAAUACAACACAGACAGCAACUGAGCUGUUAAAUAUUUAUUCAGAUGAUGAAUAUAUAAAGAAAAUUCGAAAAUGUUUAGAGGAAGAUAAGUUCGCUAGAGAACAACGAGAAAAGAGACGGCGAAAAAUGCUGAUGGAACAGUUAAUAGCACAUGAAGCUGAAGAGGAGGCUUACCGAGAGGAACAACUUAUAUACAGACUAAUGAGACAAUCUCAGCAGGAGCGGAGGAUUGCUGUUCAACUCAUGCAUGUUCGACAUGAAAAAGAAGUGUUAAGGCAAAACAGAAUUUUCAGGGAAAAGCAAUAUGAAGAAAGACGACUGAAAGAGUUCCAGGAAGCUCUUGAUAGAGAAGUGGCCCUUGCAAAACAAGAAAAAAUUGAUUUUGAAGAACAAAUUAUCAAAGAAAGAGAACAACAUAAGAAAAUUGCUGUUGAAAGAGCUCAGGCACGUUAUAAAAAGCAUUAUGCUAUAUGUUGGGAAGUGAUUGACCAAAUAAUUGAUUUGUCAACAAAAGUAGGAGAAUAUCGUCUACUGACAAACAACAGAAUUCCAUUAAAAUUGAUGCGAGAUUGGAAGGAAUUUUUUUUUAAUGGAAAACCAAUUUACGAACAAGCCUCAAUUCAACCUUUGCCAAAUGAACCAAGUCCAGAACAACUUAUAGAGCUGAAUAAAAUGAAUGUGUUAGAUGAAAAAGAUUAUGGUGAAUACAAGGUACUAUCUGUUGAUACUCUGGUUCAGGAGGCCAUCCAAGCUUUUCUUGAAAAUGAAAGGAAAAGUGAACACAAUGUGAUACCACAAGAAGCAGAGAGUUCUGGUGAACAAAACAAGUGCCUGGGAGCAGCAAGUGCAAGGCUGCUCUGUGAAGGAAGGUGA